AAGUUAGAGAUGUUACAGAUGGUGCCAUUGAUUAUCAGACUAUGUGUAAAAGUGGUAGAAUCACAUGGUAUGGACACCGUUGGCAUCUACAGAAUCCCCGGAAACACUGCUGCAGUAAAUGCUUUAAAAGAAACUUUAAAUGGUGAACUUACUGAGAUUGACCUAGCUGACCCUAAAUGGAAUGAUGUCAAUGUUGUUAGUAGCCUUCUCAAAAUGUUUUUGCGCAAAUUACCUGAACCAUUAUUGACUGAUAAGUUAUAUCCAUUUUUUAUUGAUGCAAAUCGAAUAACUUCACAUGCCCAGCGAUUACGGAAACUUCGUAAUUUAGUCCAUAAACUUCCCUUGGCUCAUUACGAGACGCUAAAGUAUUUGAUGGGACAUUUAAAAGAGGUAGUUGCUCACAGCGAUAUUAAUAAAAUGGAAACUCGUAACUUGGCUUUAAUGUUUGGGCCAUCAAUUGUAAGGCCUAGCGAUGACAAUAUGGCCACUAUGGUAACUCAUAUGUCUGAUCAAUGUAAAAUUGUUGAAGCAUUUAUUACUUAUCACAAUUGGAUGUUUGGUGAGAUUUGUGAAGAUGAUGUGCCACCUCAAGUAGCACCAAGUGAUUCUACAGUUAGUUCCGGAAACAUCUCUGGAGUUGGUAGUAAUUUAACAUCUAGCAUUGGUGAUUAUGAUGCUGUUAUCAUGACUACGUCAUUCAAUGAUAUGCAUAAUUUGAUUAGACGUGCUAAUGAAGUAGAAGCUACUGCCAUGAUGGAUGCUCAAAAAUAUGGAAAAAUAAAAAAUAUUUUAAAUGUACGUCGAAAUUCUAAACGCGAUAAACGGAAAAAAGUACGUGAUCAUUCAGCGCACGCUGCAAGUAAUACACCAUCAUCUAGCUGUAAUAUGAGAAAGCUGUUUAAAGCAUCAGCAAGUCAACCUACUGCUACUGCUUCUUUUGGAAGUGAUGAACACACUCUUGCUAGAGUUUAUCAGGAACGUGAUAUUGACGCUGAAAUAGCAUUACGCAAGCAGCAACGAACACCAACAAGACCUAUGUUACAGCAUUCUGGUGCAAGUUCAUCAGCUGAUCAUUCUUGUUCACGUAGCCGUAGUUCUGCCACUCAUGAUGUAACACCUCCGUUAAGCUUGAAUUCAUCACGCGAAAAUUCCGAUGAAGCUGAUGAAAUGCGACGUCGAAGACAAAAAGAAAUGUAUUCUGCGCGACGGAUUUUUAUUGCGGGUACAGAUGCAGAUUUGAAUGACAAUGUUGACCUAGAUGAUCUGAUGAGUCAUUCACGUCAUUUAAACUUGGCUUCUUCACCAGCUCUCGAUGUGCUAAGCGCAGAAACACGUGAAAAAAUUCGACGAUUGCAACAACUUCAGGGUUGGGCCACUACAGCACUUGAACGACGUGAUGCUGAAGGUGCAACGAAUAAGAAAUAUCCGCCAGUUCAGAAAACUCAAACUGAAGUAAAAUUAAUACUACCAAUCAAGACAGCCACAGAGGAUUUCUCAUCAACAGAUGCUCUUUCAUUAACUUCUGAUUACAGUACGACAUCAUCUGCACCAUUAACAAUUCCAGUUACUGUAUCCUGCAUUGAUCAUUUAACUGCUGCUAGUAGUGAUUAUGCUUCUAGUGACGUGUCACCUAAUACACGUAAUGUUAGCACAUCCCCCAGCCAAGUUGAUUUGGAAGUGUUGGGAUUGAAUUCAUCUCCAACAGUAUCAGAUCAUUUCAAGCAUUCACAAGGAGAGGAAAUGCAAAUGUCCUCUUCAACUACUGAAAAUUGUUACAAAAGUUUAGAAAAUGUCUCAUUGGAGCCAUUACUUAUCACACCAACUAAGCAUUCAGAAAAUCAGUCAAAGGGAGGAUUUUUGGGGUAUAAGGAAAUGUGCAAAAUGUCAGUGCCACAAGCUCAUGAGAUUUCAUUUUCUAAUGGAUCAAAAGUGAAGGCGAGAAUGAAAUUAAAUUCUCGACGUGAGCUGUGGAGAAGGCACACGCUUAGCGAUAUGGAUAUCGUUAAACAGGUAAAUUUUUACUAA